GGAGGAAAAAAAUCCAAAACCCAGGGAGACUUUCGGAGCCACCAUAUCGCUCUAUCUCGUGCUGCGAAGCAUUAUACCGGGAGUUCCACCAUUCUGACUCGUAUUUCAGAGUUGGCUGUCUGGAUAUUGUCACUUGUACAGUUCUCGUUGUCGUUGGCAGAACAUUGCGGCGCACCAGCUAUAGCCAGCAACGCCAGGUUCUAGGCCUCAUCUUUCAUCCCACCAGCAGAAGCGACAGUCAUACCACCCUCGUCAGCACAACAAUGGCACACUGCGCGCAGAUAUUAAAGCAGAGCUCUACGCUAUGCUGGGUACGCUCUGGGAAUGGACGCGUCGCGGCCGUGCUGUCGAACAGGUCCGGGAUUCAGAGCCGGAGGAGAAUGUUUGCUGCGCUGUCGGCGUCGCGGAUUUGCGGAAUGAAUAAGGAUAUGUCUGUGGAGCAGAGAAUAAGGAAAAUGAGUACAUGUCGGGUACUAUAUUCUGACUCGCUGCCCAAACACCCUUCAGAGUUUGUUAUCGACGUCGAAAGCACACCGGCGAUAGAUCCCGAUGAAUUUACAAGACCUAUACCGGCUUUAGAAUCCAACGAGGCGUCGUAUUUCGAUCCGGAUGCCGUCACAUACGAUGCCACCGAGACAGACGUUUUGGGCGGUGUUGAGUAUCAUUUGCACGAUGGCGAGUACGAGGCCGAGGAAGUGUCAGAAGAGGGCGGUGAGCUGGUGGCCGAGGAGCAGCUUAUCGACUCUACACCGUGGUAUCUACGAACAGCAGAGUCUAUGAAGGAGCAGGAAGAAAAGGUUGUCGAGCCGCUGCCGGAGAUGCCUAAGAACUCUCCGAAACAGUUGGAAAGCAUUCUCAAGUACGUCAUCGACGAUCUCGGAUUACAGGAAGUGGCAGUCUCUGACCUGCGGAGCAUGAUGACUGUGUUUGGAAACGACGCGAUCAUGGUCGUCUGCACUGCGCGCAGCGAGAGACAUCUAAACCGUGCGGCGGAGGAACUGAGAGUCCAUCUGAAGCGGGAGUUUCGCUCGAAACCGCGGAUCGAGGGGUUGGUCGGCAAGGAGCGAAUGAAGGUGCAAGAGCGGCGAAUCAAGAAAAAACUGUCGCGGUACACGGGUGACAUGAACUCGUACGAGAAAGACCUGCGGUCACAAAAUUCAAACUCGUGGGUGUUCGUAAAGACCGGUAUCGAGGGCAUCCACGUGCACAUCAUCACCGGCGAACGAAGAUGGGAGCUCGACCUCGAGGGCCUGUGGGGCCACGAAAUGCCGCGGCUGCAUCAGCGGAUCGAGGACGAGGCCGGUACGAAUUUGAUGACAAAAGAUCGGCAGUCGAAGCGCACGAGCCGGAAGAUUGCGCGCAAAUGGGCGGCGAAGGGAGGUGUGCCGGUUGACGAUAGUAUGCCGGCGGAGUCGCCGGAGCACACGUAUUACACUGCGGACACAGACAAGCCUCAGCGGCCGAUUGCUCCAGGCUUCCACACUUCUGAAGAACGUCUGAAUCCGUUUAUCUUUCGACGAGGGUAUCAUACAUCAGCCAAGCGAUCGUACAGCACAGCCGAGCCGGAGUCAGCAGAGCAAUAUCAUACGCUGCCAGUGCAAUUCGACCCGUUAGUCUAUGACGAUGCGGAGUUUAAUCAACUGAUAGUCGAUGCAAGGCAUACUGCUAAAAAGCUACUUUGGAAGCACAAGCACGGCAAGUAUGAUAGUUCGGUUGACCUUGAGAGCUUAAAGCAAGUUGCUGUCCAGCUCUGUGUUGCGGGAAAGUCCGAGAUAGUGAAAGAACUGGCUAAAUUAGUCCCUCGUGACACGAUCCUCACUAUCGAAGGAGACGACAUUAAGAGCUUGCUUAUAGCCUCACAUACAAACGCGCUGCUCCUGGAGUUUCAACAAGAUGGAGAUGCAGAGCACGACAAAGUAAGAACAAAGCGGUUCGAAACUGAGAGUUACGAGUUCACUCCGGCAAAGAUCGUCGAGUUUCCCGAUCCUCUUCAGAUCUGGCCCCGGACCAGCGCCGACUUUGGCUUGUCAUACAUCCACUGGCGCCGGCAACUGGAGUACCUACAAAUAGCACACACGCUGUUCCCGUACUCAGUGCCGUUUUCAGAGUUGCAGAUGCACUUGGUACGCCAGUACGCGUGUGGCGUGCCCAUCACGAUGUCUGAUUUCUACCUCGGCCUCACGACCCUGGCAAAGUCGGGACAAUUCACACCGAAUUAUCUCCGAAACAGACUGAUUCUCGAUCAACCUACGUUUUCCAAGUUUAACGAGAAGAGGUUCGCGAGCAUCGUCCGGUACUUUCGUACCGUCGGACGACUGAUCCCAAGCCUCGAGAACGACUUGCUCAGCGAUACUAAAAUUCUCACGAUCCUCUACCGCGCGUGCACGCAGUUCAAUUUCAACAAGCCCGUGGACGAGGAAACGGACGUAGUGCCCAUGAACAAGGGCAAGUACCAGGACAUCGGCCUGCUCCGGCGCCCGAUCGAUCCGCGGAUCGCGAUAAUCGACAAGCUCGUGAUCCGCUCCGACGCGGUCGUCAACUCGUCAUACAUCGUCAUGUCGCUCAACGCGCUCGCGCAGUCGCAGCGCUUCGACCUAUUUUGGAAAAAAUGGCGCGACCUCGCGCUUUCGGGCGUGAACCGCGACGCGUGGCUGUGGGCGGUCGUCGCGGUCAAUGUGUCGCGGUCGGAGGAUACGCAGCAGAUGUCGCACUUUCUCGACGCCGAGUGGAGUUUGAUGGUCAGCGAACUGACGGCCGACGGACGCCCGCUCGAGCUGCCGCUGUCGAUCGUCAAGGCUACGCUUGUGUGCUUGCAUUUCAAGGAUCCGUAUGGUGUUUUGUAUCCCGAGAUCUCGCAGGUCUGUGGACGGGCGGAGGUCACGCAGGAGGAGAUCAUGAGUUAUAUGGAGGAAGAGUUGUUGAAGCAUUCGUUGAAGGAUAAAAUGGCAGAGGUGGUUGCCGACGAGGCGUUGAGGGCGCAGUUCGUCGAGGAGAUGGAUGAGGAAGACGAGUUUUUUUGAAGAGGAAUAGGCUCGGUUGUACAUAGCACGUU